CUUCACAUACACAUGUACUCAAUGCAACUAGUCCCAGCUGUGGGAGCCGGAGACACUACAAGGAAGGGACAAGGACGGAGCGAUGCGGCACUGGCGAGGCUAUAGUGAGGGGCAGAAGAGACAGGGAAAGAACGUGCACUUGUGAGGGGAACCAGGGGGCGCAGGCUGGGGGAGAGCGACCGCGGGAGGGAGGAAGGGGAAAGAGAGGACCCGAGCCCUUGCUUGUCUCUCACACACACGGGAACAUGCUGGGGGCGCACUGGCUGGCCGGGCUCGUCUGUCACCUCUGCGUCCUGCACAUACAAUCCUGGGAACACCGGCUGCACCCCAAGCAAGCAAGUUUUGUGAAAACCCUCACAUCAUAUGAGAUUGUCAUACCAUCUCGAGUAGACCAUUUUGGACAAGUGUUCCCUCCCCAUCAACACUUCAGAAGAAAGAAAAGGAGCCUAGAACCUCAAACUUUACAUCCUGUUGUGAACAGGACAUAUUAUCACAUUGCUGCCUAUGGCCAGCUCUUCCAUUUUAAUCUUACCAAUGAUGCAAGCUUUAUUGCGGAUUCUUACAAUGUUAUCCAUAUUGGAAACCAAAGCCAUUCUCAUGUUGACUUCUCAGACCUCAAACAUUGUUUCCACUGUGGGCAUGUGAAUGGCCUGGAGGGACAUGCAGCUAUCUUAAGUCUAUGUGGCGGCAUGAUUGGCACUUUUAAAGCACACGAUGGGGAAUAUUUUUUAGAACCACUGAUGAAAUACGAUGAUGGGGAACAUGAUGAUGAGCACAGCAAGCCCCAUCUUCUGUACAAAAAGCAACAAAAAACUGGGGAAUCUUCUGGCAAAGCAAAUCCAAACUGUGAUACAUCAGAAUCUAAAAUAAAGGAGAAGUUAGCAUUUUCACAUACUUCAAGCAGCUUUGAAGAAGAUGUUACUAUGUUUACAAACCCUGCACUAUCUGUAAAUGUGCCACACAUUGAGACACAAGAUGAAGGAAACAUUUCACAUGUCAGAAGAAAACGCUUUAUUUCUUAUCCAAGAUAUGUAGAACUCAUGGUUACAGCAGAUGCAAAAAUGGUGCGCCAUCAUGGCAGAAAUCUACAGCAUUACAUUUUAACUCUAAUGUCAAUUGUUGCUGCUAUUUAUAAAGAUCCAAGCAUUGGAAAUCUCAUAAAUAUCAUGAUUGUAAAGCUAAUUGUGAUUCACAAUGACCAGGAAGGACCAGUAAUCAGCUUUAAUGCAGCUACAACACUUCACAAUUUUUGUGUCUGGCAAAGAACACAAAAUAUUCCUGAUGACUCUCAUCCUUCCCACUUUGAUACAGCUGUCCUUAUUACCAGGGAAGAUAUAUGCAGAGCCAGUAAUAAAUGUGAUACUUUAGGCUUAGCGGAACUAGGUACAAUGUGUGACUCUCAACGGAGUUGCUCUAUCAGUGAGGAAAAUGGUUUAGGUGCUGCUUUUACCAUAGCACAUGAACUGGGACAUGUAUUUAACAUGCCUCAUGAUGAUAGCUCAAAGUGCAAAGACAUAGGAAUUAAAAAUGAAUUCCAUGUAAUGUCAGCAGUUUUAAGCUAUGACACAAGCCCAUGGACCUGGUCUAAGUGCAGUCUGAAAUACAUCACAGAGUUCCUAGAUACAGGCUAUGGGGAAUGUCUCCUUGAUAAGCCCAGUGGACGUGUGUAUGAUUUUUCAAAUCAGUUACCUGGUGUAAUAUACGAUGCUAACAAACAAUGCGAACUGAUGUUCGGCAAAGGAUCACAAGUUUGUCCAUACAUGAAACAGUGUAAGCGCUUGUGGUGCACAAGUACAGAAGGAAUGCAUAAAGGAUGUUUAACUCAACAUAUGCCUUUAGCUGAUGGAAGUGACUGUGGUCCUGGAAAGCAUUGCCGCCGCGGUCUUUGUGUAGACAAAAUAUCGAAUACCCGUCCAGUGGAUGGUGAAUGGGGUCCUUGGGAGCCUUACAGUUCAUGUUCAAGAAGCUGCGGUGGUGGAAUAAAAACUUCUGCUAGAUAUUGCAAUCAACCUGAGCCAAAAAAUGGAGGAAAAUAUUGUGUUGGAAGGAGGAUGAAGUUCCGAUCUUGUAAUACUGAUUCAUGUCCCAAAGGAAAGAAAGAUUUUAGAGAUGUGCAAUGUUCUCAGUUUGAUGGCAAACAUUUUAACAUCAAUGGUCUUACAACAAGUGUAAGGUGGAUCCCAAAAUACAGUGGCAUCCUAAUGAAAGAUCGGUGCAAGCUGUUUUGUCGUGUUUCUGGGACAUCAUCAUAUUACCAGCUGAAGGACAGAGUUAUAGAUGGCACACCUUGUGGUCCUGAAACUGAUGACAUUUGUGUUCAAGGAUUAUGCAGGCAAGCGGGCUGUGACCAUGUUUUAAAUUCCAAAGCAAGAAAAGAUAAAUGUGGUGUAUGCGGGGGUGAUAAUUCUUCGUGUAAAACUGUAGCAGGAACCUUCACUAAAGCUCUGUAUGGAUAUAAUAUUAUUGUGAAAAUUCCAGCUGGGGCAACAAACAUUGAUGUACAUCAGCAUAGCUACUCUGGUCGCCCCGAUGAUGACAACUACCUGGCUUUGUCAGAUGGUAAAGGGAAUUUUGUCCUCAAUGGAAAUUUUGUAGUGAGCAGGUUUAAAAGGGAAAUAACUACACAAGGUGCUGUAUUGGAAUAUAGUGGUUCAGACAACGUCAUAGAAAGAAUAAAUUGCACUGACCGCCUGGAAGAAGAUUUAAUCCUUCAGAUCUUAUGUGUUGGAAAUUUAUACAACCCUGAUGUACGGUAUACAUUCAGUAUUCCUAUUGAGGAUAAAUUAAUUCAAUUUACCUGGAGCAGGUAUGGACCAUGGCAAGCCUGCAACAAGAUAUGCCAAGGUGUUCGCAAAAGAAAGGUGACUUGCCAACGUAAAAGUGAACAAGCUGUUGUUUCUGAUCAAAGAUGUGAAUAUUUGUCUCGACCAGAGCCCAUUACUGAGUCAUGUAACGUAGACUGCCAGUUAAGGUGGUAUGUUACUAGCAAAAGCGAAUGUUCAUCACAGUGCGGGCCUGGGCAUCGGACGCUGGAUGUACGCUGUAUAAAAUAUUCCUCUGCAAGAGGUAUGCCCACACCUGUGGAAGAUAAGUUUUGUAUCAGCCACCCUAAGCCUCCAGUCCGUGAAUCUUGCCAUGGAAACUGUCUUUUAGCCAGCUGGCGAUAUACAGAAUGGUCCCAGUGCACUCAGAGCUGUGGAAGGGGAGUGCAGACAAGAGAAGCUUAUUGUAUGAACAAUUUUGGUCAUCGUUUGGCUGAUAGAGAAUGUAGCGAAGAGCAAAAAGUAGUGACCCAGAGCUGUAAUGAACAUUCUUGCCCUGUUUGGACUACCAGUGAGUGGAGUGAGUGUCUUGUGACAUGUGGAAAAGGCAUGAGGCAUCGUCAUGUAGCAUGCAUAUUAAAUGACGAACAUAUGAAAGACGAUUAUUGCAAUUCAGACAUCAAACCGGACCCUGUCAUGCCUUGUGAGCUCCAGGAAUGUGCUUAUUGGCAAGUUGGCUCUUGGGGACCAUGUUCCACUACUUGCGGACAUGGCUACCAACUGCGCACAGUAAAAUGCAGUACAGGAAACAAUGGGAUAUCUUUGGAUGAACGUGAAUGCAAUGCAGCUUCUCGUCCUACAGAUAGUCAGGACUGUGAAAGACUUCCUUGUCCAACACAUUCUCGCAUAUACCCAACUAUCUCUCCUAUGGAUCAAAUACAAAAGAAUGCUCAGUGGCGAUAUGGGUCAUGGACUCCAUGUUCUGCUUCAUGCGGAAGAGGCAAUCGUGCUCGCUAUGUGAGCUGUAGAGAUGUGUUUGGUGGUGUGGCUGAUGAGACCCUUUGUACCCAUGUACCUCGUCCACCUGAAGUUUCAAGCUGUUUUACAUCCUGUGGAGAAUGGAAAUCUGGAGAUUGGUCUCCUUGUCCAGUGACUUGUGGUAAAGGAACAGUUAUAAGACAAGUUGUGUGCUCUAGUUACCAUGGAAGAAUUGAAGAUGAAAACUGUGAUCCAGAUACCAAGCUCAUAAAAGAACAAGAGUGUAAUAUGGCACCAUGCCCAACUUUCAGCCACUUUCCGAGUAAUCAUGACCAUCCAGUGAGAUUUCAACAUCCUGAAAGCCCACAUAGAUUUAGAGAACAUGAUACAAGUAGCAAAGACAACCCGCGAAACACUCCUGCUAGUCAUGAAUACCAAUGGAGGACUGGACCAUGGGGCGCAUGUUCAAGCACAUGUGCAGGUGGUUUUGAACGUCGAGUUGUGGUAUGUCAAGACAGAGAAGGAAGGGUUAGUCAUUUUUGUGAUGAGACAACAAAACCUGCUGAUUCAAGGCACUGUGAUUCUGGGCCUUGUCCUCGUUGGAACUAUGGAAGCUGGGGUGAGUGUACCCUGACAUGUGGAGGAGGAGUGAGAACACGAUUGGUGAUAUGCCAGCUGACAAACGGUCAAGUUCUUGAUGAUCAAAAUUGUGAAAUCCUUGAUAAGCCACCGAAUGUAGCCCAGUGUAACACACACAUAUGCCCUGCUGAUGCUUCAUGGCAUCCAGGAUCAUGGAAUUCGUGCUCUGUUACCUGUGGAAAGGGGACAAAAGAUCGCAAUGUUCAUUGUAUCUCAAAUGGCCAACAAGUGGAUGAAUUAAAUUGUAAACACUUGCGGAAGCCUCGCAUACAGAAGAGAUGUAAGACUGGCAGAUGCCCUUCAUGGAAAAGUGGAAAGUGGAAAGAGUGUUCUACAACCUGUGGAGUAGGAGUCCAGUAUAGACAGGUGUAUUGUAGACUAAAAGGACAAGGCCAAGUUGAUGCACAAUUUUGUAGUUAUGCUUCUCGCCCAGACAGUUACAAAUAUUGCAUUUUACCGGAUUGCAUUCAGUACCAUUGGACUGCAGAUGAAUGGCCAGCUUGUUCCACAGAUUGUACUCAAGAAGAAAUAAGGAGGGAAAUAAAAUGUAUGGAUAUUGAAGGCAGAUCUGUGAAUGAGUCUUAUUGUGAUUCGGCUGCUAAGCCUCCUGCCACUAAGAAGUGCAUAAAUACUGCAUGCAAGCAUAUUGUUGUGACUGAAGAUUCCUCUCAGUGUCCUAGGAGUUGUUGGUUUGGCUUCAAACCAAGACUGACCAUUUGCAGAAAAGUGCCUUCAAGGCAUAAUCAGUAUAGAGAUGGCUUACGAACUGUCAGGUACAAGAGCUGUCCUGUACGGCAAUAUUCAUUUGAUUGGAGAUGCAGCGGGAGAAAUUGUGUCCAAACCCUCAUUUGGAAAGUUGGAAAAUGGAGCAAGUGUUCUGCAACCUGUGGUAUUGGCUUCAUGGAAAGAAAAGUUGUAUGUAUGACUGAAAACAAUGUUUCGAGUGACCUGUGUCCAUCACAUGUGAAACCCCGAGAUAGGAAAUCAUGUGUGUCAAAAUACUGUGACUAUAAGAGCUGCAAAGAACUGCACUUUUUAAAUAACACUCAAGUAGAUGGUGAAUAUUCAUUGAAAAUUACCAACAGAAAAGUAAAGAUUUACUGUUCAGGAAUGCAGUCAGAUGAUCCAAAAGAAUACAUAACACUGGUUAAAGGUGAAGGGGAUAACUUUUCAGAAGUAUUUGGCUAUAGCAGGCUGAGAAAUCCAUAUGAAUGUCCAUUCAACGGGAGCAGAAGGCAAGACUGUGCAUGCAAAAAUGACUAUCUUGCAGCUGGAGUGACUGUCUUCAACAAAAUAAGGCUUGACAUCAUCUCAAUGCAAAUCAAAACUACAGAUCUUCUCUAUGCUCGCACACUGCUUGGAAGAGCAGUUCCAUUUGCCACAGCAGGGGACUGUUACAGUGCUGCCAAGUGUCCACAGGGGCAGUUUAGUAUCAAUCUUUCAGGAACAGGUUUUCGAGUAUCAGAAACCACCAAAUGGAUUGCUCAAGGGAAUUAUGCAAGUGUCAAUAUUCACAGAUCACAGGAUGGAACUAAAAUAUAUGGAAGAUGUGGAGGUUAUUGUGGAAAAUGUAUUACCCAUUCAACUGUUGGUCUCCAAGUUCAAGUGCAAGACCAUUAAUGGACUACUUACUUACAAGAAAAAGGUUGUUUAAAACUAUUGUUAACGUGUACACACUACAUUGCUGGUAUAUUCUGAUGCAUACUGUGUUGUACCCAUGGGGGGUCCAUUGACUUGAUGGAUUGAAAGAAGUCUACCAGCAUCAUCUGUUUUCUUCAAGCACAGCUGCAUCUAUGCAUUUCAUUACUCUAAAUGGGACAUGUGGCACCCACCACAUGUGUGACCACAGUGUUAAAUGUGUCAGAGAAAGUGGGCUGUCCUUGAUUAGCUGACUUCCUGUGAACCUUAGUAUGACAUAAUCUCAAUGGGGGACAUUUAUCAAUGUUUGCUUAUGUAUUCCUUUUUUUAGAAAAAAAUUUUUCUUACAACUUUUUUGCUUAUGUGCGACUUAUUUAUCAACUGCUUUCAGCCUGUUCAUAAAUUUCUUUCAAGUAAGUAAGUUUUCUUUUUUUGCUUUGGUAGUAGCUUUUUCUGCUCCAUGUCUGAGCUGGAGUAAAUUUAGUAGGUUUUUUCAUGCGAUGCGACUUUUUUGCGACUUUCACACUUGAUAAAUCUCUGACCACUGCAAGUCAAAAAUCACUUUUUGCUUUUGUAAGCAAGAUUUUUAUUUUUUGCUUAGGGCACUGCACAGUCAAAAAGUCACAGAAAAAAGAGAGUAAUUGCACGUGCGACUUUUUUGCGACAAUUUUAAGCAAAAAAAAAUCUACUAAAUGCUUUGAUAAAUGUCCCCCCAUAUGACGACAUAAUCAGAUCACUUUUGGCAGCUCUCUGACCCCUUCCCACCCUUCCAUUCCAGCUCUAUCUAUAUACUGCUGCUAUCUCUAUGGGAUUAAGAUAUAUAGUAGCUAUACACCGCUUUGCCUCCCAAUUUUAGGAAACGGCAGCAAAAACACUGCCAAACCCUUUAAAAAUGUGUGAAAAAUUUAGUAAACAUUAAACAUGUGAGCACAGCAUAAAGAUUUCAGAUCUUCAUAAUACAACAAGUUGUGAUAUUAGCCUCAUGGCAAAACUGAACUGAUCCCAAUCAACUUCUCUUGAGUGAACUCCAGUACCAGCAGUCUAAUUAGAUGAGCUGCAGUGAUGAGACUCUACAUCAUCUUUCUGCAAAGCCAGAGGAUUCAUGGGAAAUGGUACCAGCUUGAGAUAAUCAUUUCAGUAAUCCAAAUCAGUACUGCUGAAAACCCAUGCUUGCCACAUAAGAUAAAACAGGUAAGCAAAAAAUCCAUGUACAUUAGUCAUAAACUACAUGAAAAAGCCUGCAGUGUAUAAGAAAAAAAAUUCAAAGAGAGCUUGCUUCUUUAAAGUAAAUGGGCCUCCUUUGAGUAUACCAUUGUAUACAUUUGAAUACUUUUUAGCUUGCCUCCCUAUGUAUACCAGCCACACAUAUUGUACUUCCUAUUGAAGUCAAUGGGUAGCAAAAUCAGCUGCAGAAAAUAUACAGCAAAAUACGGAGCAAAAUGUGGCACGUGUGACCCUACCCUGAAAUUGUAUGAGAAACAGAGAAAGCUCUAAAAUAAAUUACAUUUAUGACCCUAAUGAUAAUAAAAAAUACUCAAAUGUAACAGGUUAUGUUCCUGGAAUUUCAAGGUUACACUAUGACACAAAUUCUGCCAAUGCACUAGAUUCACUUUUAUCAAAGUUAGACAAAAUAAUCCUGCCUAAUUUUUUUAAAUAUAUAAAAUAUAUUGAAAUAGUUUGUUUCACAAUGACAUCCCCUUUCUUCCUAUUUAGGUGGCUGCAAACAUAGAACCAAGAACCUGUCCAAAAAUGACAUGGCCAGCAUGUUACAUUAGGGUAUGUUCACAUAAGCAAAAAAAAAAAACAGCCCAAAUCAGCUUUUUGUUGUGCUUUUUUUGCCCUGAUUUUGAUGUUGUUUUGCAUGUGACUUUUCAGACACUUUAUUUUUCAAUUUGAACCUCCAAGCAUAAAGCUUCCUUUUUAUGUUCUGUUUUUUGAAAACCACAUGCUUUUUGAACAUUCCCUAUUAAAGUAAAUGGGAGAUAUAAACCAUCCUUUUGGGGCAGAUUUUUGAAGCUUGACCCUUGGUCAUCUUCAUUCAAUAAAACCAUAGAAAAUGUUAAAAUGUUGAGACACUUUGUCUGGCAAAUCACAGAAAUAUUGUAUUUAUGUGAUUAUAUUAUAUGUCAUCAAGGAUUAAGAUUGUGUGGACAGUGGGUACUGUUCAGUGCUUGCUGACUUAAAACUUACUUAAAACUUACUUAAAGUCUAUUCUCCUUUUAAGAGUAUAUGUAAUGUAUUCUUGAACUAAUACAUGCAUCAGAUACCAAUAUAUAUAUUCUAUACCAAAUGUCAGAAUUUGUCCUAGCAAGUCUUGGAUUCCAAAUUAAUUCUGUAUGCAGGUCAGGUUAUGUAUCAUUUUUUUUUAUUAACGCAAAUACAUUAUUUUUAACUGUAGAAGGCAUUAUAUGCAUGCGAGGCUUCCAGAAUUGUAUUUGAAAUAAGAGAAUUUAAAUGGUGCAUUGGAAUUAUCAGGGAAUAUUCUCAGGUAUUAAAUUACAUUUUACAUAUGAGAGUGUAUUUCUAAUAUUUUUUAAUAUCUCAAAAAAAAAAAAAACUUGGACAAAAGUUAUAUUUUAUAAAAUGUUUGUUAUAUAUAUUGUAUUAAAGUGGACCUGUCAGCAGUUUUGAGCUAUCAAAACAGCUGGCAUGCCUUUUUAGAGCUUUUGGAGGAAUUCCGACCAUACCUGAUGUCUCAGGCAUGCAGCUUACAUGAGCGGGAUAAACGAUGACAAAGCUCCUGGCCAUGGUUACAAGUGGCUUUUCUUCUUAGGUGCCCAGUGCUCCCUGCAAUAAGAGUGUUCCUAAGCUAUGACUGAUAACUCUAGCAUCCUAUAAGGAAACUGCUAGGGUUAUUAGUCAUUCCUAAGAGGAGAAGUCAGUAAUGCACACAAUACAGAGAGUUUUCAGCAGCUAACAAGAAGAACCUGCCCCCAGGACACUUGCAGCUUCCGGCUUCGACAAUGUUAAUCUUAGUCAUGCAAGCUGCAUAACUGAAAAAUCAGGAAUGGUUGGACUACCCUUUUUUUAACUCUGUGUAGACCUGUGAGCAGUCUAAAUAACUUAAAACUCCUGACAGGGCUGCUUUUUAAUGCCUUUUAAUAUAUAAAAAUGUAAUUAUCAUAAUGGCAGCUGUAAUUUAACAAAGCCAUAUAAUUGUAUUUUCAUGUAAGAUAGAACUUAAAAAAAUCACCAUCUAUUUUAUUCUUUAUAAUACAUAUAUAUAUAUAUAUAUAUAUAUAUAUAUAUAUAAAAUUAUUAUUUUAUGUGUAUUGUUACCAAAAACAGUGGGAGCUCCUCUUGAAGAAGCACUGUAUAUAUAUGACAAGGCAGCAUAAAAAUCAAUGACAAUGAAUUCACAUCACCCAGAUGAAAAAUAGUUGUUGAAUUUGUUUGCUUUUUUUAUGAAAUGUAACAAAAAUUAUUAUCCACUUUAUUCUAGUGUAAUAUAUGUUUCUUUUCCUCAAAAGCUAUUUUAACAUUGGGUGAUAGUCAGCAAAAAUGGGCAGCAUUUUAAUUCUAAAUAUUGAAUAUGGUGCUAAAUUUUUACAAUACAUUUUGAUAUAUUUUUUAAUGGUCACCAUAAAAUACUUUUGCACUAUGUUUGUAUAAUGCACUGCAAUAAUUUAUAGGAAAUGUCUCUUACUAUGUGGUACGAAACACAUGUAUUGUAAGGGGUUUGCUGGGACAUUAAUUACCUCUCUGGAAUACACCAUCAUUGGGUCAUUGGUGGGGUCCCACCUCCUGCUACACUGUGGGCCUACCUGGUUGAAGUAGUAGUGACUCUUUAAAUUGCUAUCAGAUGAUCGUGACAUCCUUAUCUGUUUUCAUAGUUUUUUUUUUGCAUACUUAUUGCAUAGUUAUUUUUUUAUAUGAAUAGCUGUGUCAGGUACUGUAGCUUGUCCCAUUCACUCGGGCAAGUGCAGCAGUCCCUUCAUUAUACUAAUUGGUGGGGGUUCUCAGAAUACUCAUUCCCAUCUAUAAACCACUGGAGCCUGUCCUAAGAAAAGACCAUUAAAGUCCCAGAGAACCCCUUAAAAUAUGUUAGCUUAUAUAUAGAAUGUUAAGUUAUAUUCAACUUGUAAAAAAAAAAGUAUUGUUUAUACAGGUAAAAUACAUAUGUAUGGCUUUAUUUUCUUUUAUAUAACUGUAAUUUGAUUUUUAUUGUAUACUGUAGAAGAACAGUUUUGCAAAAGAUCAAGAAAAGAUUAGUUCAUAUAUUUAUGUUUGAAUUUUCAUCUUAACCAUUCAUGCAUUAUAGGUGUAGUUCUAUCCUAUGGAGAAAACAAUGUGGAAAUGUGGCCCCCUUUUUUCAAUUAUAUGGAGACGGUGCGUGACAUUAAUCGAUGAGUUAGUGAUAUGGGGAAACCACACUUAGUAGGCAUUUAUGGAAUAGCCUAUCAACAUGCCAUAAAUAUUUUAGAUAAUCCCAGUAAUACAAAACUGACUAUUUACAAAUUGUAUAUCACUGUUCCAUAUUUGUAACUAUGGAAAGACCAAUGUGUUUUUCUUUAUCUUUAUUACUAUUUCUUUGUAACAAAGCCACCUUGUAUUUUGGUAAACAGAAGUGUGUCAUAUUCUUGACCUAAAUGUGCAUGUUUAUUGCAAAAUGUAAAAAUUGUCAAACAUCUAAAAGCAGCACCUCCAUUUUUUCUGUGAUUAAGAUAUAUGUAGCUUAAAGAAGUGGUCCCAGACACUAUGAAGUACAUGGUACCCCAGAACAUAUACUUUUUUUUCAUAGUAGUCUGCACUGGUGUCCAUUAUUUCUUUUCUUGAAGGCAUCUACUGCCAAUAAACUCUCAUAUGAUCAAACAUAGACAGUGACAUUACCAGAUAAAAAAAAUCUCAGAUUUCAAUCUACUCUAGACAGCUGACUACUCACUUUCCUUUGCUGUUGUCCGUGUGAAAACUGCUUGUCUUGGUUAGACAGUGCUACAGAAUUAUGCCCUUAUUUAUGUGCCCAAUAAUGUUAAUCUGAAUCUGUCAGCAGUAGAUCAGACCCAGAUUUUAAGUUAAAUGGGCUGUGAUGAGUCUCUUUCCUCCCCCACCCCCCCCUGCUUUGAUUGAUUGGUGUACAGGACAUAGCUUUCAGCAUUGAGGGGUACAGGUCAAUCAUUCAAGGCAAGGAGGAGUGGGGGAGGAAGCAGGUAUGCUUCCUGCAACUCAGCACAGUUUGACCCUUGAACCCUGAGUAUGAUCUAGAAUUGACAUAUUUCCUAAGGUGGCAACAUUGAGAAUCACUGUAGAACAGUGUUACCUACUCUGUUGUUCUGCAGCUGUUGAAAAACUACAACUCAAAUCAUGCCCUUUUAGCCGAAGGAGAAGAGCAGGAGAGCAACAGAUUGGUGAACACUGCUUUAGAUUGUAAAAUUACAUUUUUUUUUUACCUAGCCUUGAAUGCUCACUGUCUGGUCACUAGUUGUCUUCAUAUAUGGGAUCUGAAAUUGUCUUUUGUUUUUCAUUAUUAGACAUGACAAAAUACAGCUAUGAAACCUACACAGGUUGAGCGGAACAAAUACUAGUGACUUGUUACUCGCCUACUAAAAAACAACAGAUGCUAACAAAGUUUUAAAGAUUCAUUCCAUCUAAAAAAUAGGAUUUUUAAAACCCAUAUGCUAAAUAAACCUUUUAUUAAUUGUAUGCAAAAUGUAUGCAACAAAUAUGGGUUUCACCUACUGUCAAGUCAAUCAUGUCAGUGCUAAAGUUGUUUUCAAUCACAAAAAAAAUAUAUUUUCAGGAAUAAAAUACAUUUAUAAUAUCAUACGCAAGUGAGUCU